AUGUACGCUGAUCGCGUAGAAGCUGGAACGAAUAGGUCAGUAAAGGAGCGUCUUAAUGGCAACGCCGCCGGCGAUUCUGGUCGCGGAGAGCAGAGGCAAGAUGACGACAAGUGGGAACAUGAUCUUUACGAGAAUGAUGAAUCUCAAAUUUCCAAUCGCAGAGUAGGUGCUAAAGAUCUUCGUUUGAAGCUCCAGAAGAAAAACGCCGAGCAAGCAACUCGUAGUGUAAGGGGAUCUGUAAGGGAUCUGCGUGAAAAGCUAUCUGGUAUAGCAUAUUCGCAGCCUGUGAGCACUGAUCCACCAAGGCCAAAACCAAUGCUUGAAGGACAUAAUUUUGUUAGGAAAAGUGUCACAGUUGAAGCCCCCGUGCCAGAGACCAAAAAAAUUGCCAGCUCUGUUACUAAGAAGAAGACUCAGCAAAAGGCAGAAAUCUCUGAAUUAUCCUGUUUGUGCUAA